UGCUGACUGACUUUUGAAUGGAAUUUUCCUCUGGUUAAAAUUAAAUGUACUUUUUAAAAAAAAGUAAAACCAAUUUCAAUUUGAAAUUUAUAAAUAGAAAUAAACAACACGCUUCAUCAGUGAGAUUUAUAAUAGGCAGCGUACGUUUGCUAGCCGUGUUUUUCAAGAUUCGUAGUGUCAUGCUGAUAAAAAAGGCGGUAAAAUGGAAUGGACCAUUUUAAAACUUGUACAGAAUUAUGAAUGAAAAUAAGUGCGUAUAAUUAAUUUUAGAGGUAAAAUAGCUGGGGAAUAGUAUCAGAUAGUAACUUAAUCGUUGUAAGUAAUCGUUUUAUAAGUUUAUUUUAAUGACAUUAGGUUUAGGUAGUGAGGCAGAGACGAGUUAAGUAAUUAAUUGAACAACCUCAAUAUUAAUUUUGUUGCGUAAAAAUUUCCUGACGUUUGUAUAAGUAACCAUAUAAUUUUAAUAAAAUUACAUAGUUUAGUAUUAGUCGUGCUCGCAGCAUCAGUUAUGCUGCGAAUUACUGCAUAUAUUCACAAAAAAUGUAUCCUAUAUUUAUAUUGAUUGGCCCAGAUACAAGUUGUCGACACAUCAAAUAAUUAUUAUUAAAAUCUAUACAGUUUUGCAUAAUAUGUGUACAAACAUGCGUAUACUUACUGUAGUACAAAUGUACAAAUACUUGCAUACUCAGCUUACCUAGUAUGUGUUCUCAAGUUUAUGUUAUUCUAUAACAAGUGGACGAUAUUUCCUUCCGAACGGUCAAGGAUUUCGAAUUAAAUUAGUUUUUUAUUGCAUCGCGUCGCUUCUAAUCCAAGAAGGCUCGCUGCGACCACGGCUGCAGGCCUGCAGCGUGCGUCGAACGGGGUUCAAAACAAAACAACAGCCACCAGCGCUCAACCGGCUUCCCUCGCGGUUGGACGCGCGUCGCUUACUUGCCGCCGCACUUGCUUACUAGCGUAGCGCUAAAAAACUUUAGGCGGGAAUUUUUUUUUCUUAAAAAUAAAGUUAAUGUGAAGGAACCUAAUUUAUUCUGCUAUACGUUAAUUAGUAUGAAUUAACAGUUUUUUUUAGAUAUUUUUACGAUUUUUGAGCUUUAAUGUAUCUAAUUAAUUAACUAAAUAAUUACGUUGCCUUAAUUUGGUCAUCUUUUAAUGUGACUUACAGUGACUGAAACAUUUGUGAUUUCAAACUGUGUUGUGGAUUUCUGUUGAUCCUAAGGAUAUAAAGUGUGAACACGAAAACAAAGAGGUGUUGUGUUGACUUUUUUUAAUAGAGAGUAAAAAAAAGUUUCUUGGAAAUUAGCUACCUAUGAUAAACAUCUGAGAUGUCGCGACGUAGACGGCUGUUGAUAAAAUGACGCGGCUCUGAGCGAUGGCCGCCAUGAUGCCGACUCCCGCGCACGAGCAUUACCCGCGGGACGGCGAGCUGCGGCCCCAACACUCCAGGGAUGGUUCUAGGGACUCUGGGAUUUUUCACACUACAAAAGGGCUUUGGAAUGCACCUGGUCAGAACAACUGCUUCCUUAAUAGCGCUGUACAGGUGCUGUGGCAUCUUGACAUAUUCCGUCGCAGUUUCCGCGAGCUCACCGGCCACGCUUGCCUCGGCCCAUCGUGCAUUUUUUGCGCUCUCAAAGAACUAUUCACGCAACUACAAUGGUCAGCAGAGCGCGCCCCAGCCGCCGAUGCCUUGCGACGUGCUCUGGGUGGCGGCGGCGCCCGUUUCCAGCUGGGCUGCAUGGCGGACGCCAGCGAAUGUUUCGAGCAUCUAUUGCUGAGAGUCCACGCUCACGUGGCCACUACAGCCGCGGACAGGAGGGACGAUGACUCGUGCCGAGCCGCGCACUGUGUGCCGCAUAGGAAGUUCGCGAUGAUGCUCAUCGAACAGUCCGUCUGCGGGUCAUGUAACGCCACAUCGAAGCCAUUGCGAUUUACACAGAUGGUGCAUUAUGUAUCUGCAACGGCAUUGACAGCGCAAGCAGCUUUGGGAGAACACGGAGACAGCUUUGGAUUGUUGUUAAAACAGGCCGGCGGCAUGGGUGACAUUCGAGAUUGUCCGAACGCAUGCGGUGCCAAAAUACAAAUAUGCCGAACACUGAAUAACCGACCCGAAAUUUUGUCUAUUGGCAUGGUGUGGGAUUCUGAGCGACCAUCAGCUGAACACGUAGCAGCAGUGUAUGCAGCUCUUGGAACCGAAUUGCGUCCAGCUGACGCAUUUCAUACAUGUGCGGACUGGGCAUGGGCUGCGCGAGCUACACAUAGACUCGUGGGACUCGUAACCUACUAUGGCAAACAUUACUCCACUUUCUUUUUCCAUAGCAAGCUACGUCUAUGGAUAUAUUUUGAUGACGCCGAUGUUAAGGAAGUCGGCCCUGAAUGGUCACAAGUCGUAGAAAAAUGUUGCAAAGGAAGAUUUCAACCUUUGCUUUUAUUAUAUGCUGCAGUGGAUGGUACUCCAUGUGAUACACGCCAUGCUCCUAAAGAUGUGGUUCCAUUCCCAGCACCUGAGCCAAGACGAGCAAUCACGCCAGCUCCUGAUCGACAGAUUUCCCUUGCACGGAUCUAUGGUAGAAGAGCUGUAACUCCUGGGCCUGAUAACGAGAAUGAUUAUAUUAGCAGAAAAAGUGUAGAAAACAUGUUGGAAUGCAAUCGCCAUUCACAAUUAGGACGCAGUAUGAGCACAGGUUCAGGUUCAGAUAGCUCAGGUCCCAGAGUUCGAAGAGACUCCGGCAACUGGAGCGGUGACCGUAACAGUGCCUCAUCAGCAUCAUCAUCAAUGGAAAGUCCCUAUAUAUAUACCAGGGGUCGUGGACCUGGUAGUGUACCAAGUAGUCCUACACGUAAAGGGGAACUUUCCAGUGGUGGUUCGUGUGAUGCUGGAUAUGACUCAUAUUCUUUGUCCUCUACGGAUAGUCUACCUCUUCAACAAGGUAUACGUAAUAUGCAGUUAGCUCAGGUACCUGAUAUAAAAACGAGAGGAAACUGUGAAGCUUUAUGUUUAGAAGCAGAUAGAUUACUUGAAAAGUCUCGUCAUGCAGAAGAUGCAGCGGAUUAUGAAACAGCUGUAGUUCUAUGUGAUGCAGCUACCUCAAAAGCUCGAGCUGCAAUGGAAGCACCAUAUAAUAAUCCACAUACAAUGAUUGUAGCUCGGAUGAAACAUAACACUUGCGUAAUGCGUUCACGAAGUUUGCAAAGACGUAUGACUGGUAAAAGUUGGGGUACUGAAAUUCCACAAAUAGCCCCCGUUAGAAAUACAAAAGGUGGCCUCGAAAAUGCUAAUAUUGAAAUUUAUGCUACAUUACCUAAGAAGAAAUCUUCUUCCAAGAAAUCUCAGAAAUCUAUUGAAGAUGAUAUUAAUAAUCCACCAUGCGAGCGCCCACCACGACAUAAAUCUCGUGAAGAUGAAAAAACGAGAGAAAAACGUUCAAGAAGUGAAGAUCGAGGCCGUGUGCGUAAAGAAAUACCAGUAACUACCGAGAAAAAAGAUGAAAUAGUUACUGAAGAUAAAAAAGCAAGUAAAAAGCAACAUAAAAUUCGUAGAAAGUUAUUGAUGGGUGGUUUGAUAAGAAGAAAGAAUCGCUCCAUGCCUGAUUUAACAGAAGGUGCAGAUGGAAAUAAUGAAUCUGCGAACAAAGAAAAACGAAUUUCGUCAGUAGAUGAUGGAGAAGUCGGAAGAAGAAAAAGCGAAGAUAAGGUUAAUUUGAGUGGCUACUUAUCUGAAGGUCAUUUAGAAUAUUCAACAGCGAGUGGGACGAAUCCCAAUCUGGAAAGAAGUAAACUCAUGAGGAAAAGUAUACAUGGCAGUGUUGGUAAAAUACUUACCGCCCCAAAAGUUCCACCACCUCCACCGUUACGAACCACUUCACAACUUAGCGGGUCUAAGUUUGAUACAGAAGUGAUGGAGCACGGCACUCAAUGCCGUUCACAGCAACCCGUAUCUCGUAAUGACUUUUCAUAUUCACAACAAGAUAAUGAAGAGGAUGGAGGUUUCUCAGAACAGUAUGGAGAUGAACCGCAGUCUUUGCCUUUCCUACCUUCUUCUUAUGAUGGCCAGCAUGGAAACUCUUAUCGGAUUGAUGAUUCACCAUCCCAAAACUUUCAAAUGAUCGUAACUAAGGCAAUGAUACACCAGGAACAAAGUCCAGUUAAGAGAGAAACUAUGCCGACCAUUCAACCUUCGCAAAAUAACAUUCAAAAUCUUAGCACUGCAUUCAAUCAGGGAGUUGAUGUUGUAGACAGCGCUUUGCCACUCAGGAGAUCGUCACCGCAAAUAUUCGAAUUGCCUCCUUAUCCCAGUCCAAUGAACUCAGUCAAUCACUCAAGGCAACCCAGUGAGGAGUUCCCUCCUCCGCCACCACCUAUAGAUUUAACUCCGCUUGAAGAGGAAUUAAAUAAUAUACAAAAUAGAAAUGAGUACAAUGCAAUUAAUAAUACUGUGAAUGAUACACAAAUACCUAAAGGAUCAUUAUUAGCACAAUUACGAGAAAAACGUAAUCAGAUUCUUAGAAAUGCUGAAGUGACGUCAAAAACGAAUAAAACGGACACCAUAAACACUGUUUGUGAUUCAUGGUUACAAGAACUUCAAUCUAAACAGGCUGCUAUUAAAUUGAAAAGAUCGAAUUCACUCGAAGGCCAACUUUCUGGGCCUAAUGAAAUUUCACAACAAACAUUAGAAAAUUCUAAUAUCGUUAAACAAAACACCCAGAUGUUUGAAAAUAUUGGACGAAAUAUUACGCCGGAUGCAGAAAGGUCGCAUAUUGGUUUUGUAGAUAUGAGAGCUAAUAGGGAUGUUAUUAAUUGCGCUAAUCAAUCUAGUACAUGCAUGUAUAACAGACGCACUUCAUCGUCUUCAAUUGAUCCUAAUCAGUUACAAGAUGAGUAUAAUGAUCAACAACAAUCUAUUAAUACUGCAAUAUCUUCUACGUAUGGAGAUAAUCUAAAGCCUAAGAAGAAAUCUGUGUCUUUUUGCGAUCACGUAGUUAUAGUUUCAUCUAAAGCAGAAGAGGAAGAAGAUAAUAAUUAUAUUCCUAAUCCAAUAUUGGAACGAGUGCUGAAGUCGGCAAUGAAUAAAAGACAAAUGACGACAAUGCCUCUACAGUCCGAAAAGUCUACGCUUCAAAGACAAGAUUCUUUUGAUAGUCAAUCGUCAAGAUCUACAACAUUAUCGACUUCUCAAAAUACCUUUGUACAGGGCGACAACGAUCAUGCCGAUUACUUACGGUUACAAGAUACUUAUCCUUCAUAUCAACCGGCACCACAACCUCACCAACAACCACUCGGUGCUCCAAAAAAUGCAGGUAUGUAUGAAAGACUUUCUCCUCCCACUUUACCAUCACACAAUCUAAAUGCCACAAAUGCAAAUCCAGUACCAACUGGAGUGCCAAAAAAUUCAACGGCUUCUAUUCCUUACAAUCAACCACCAUCAGCUUAUUCAAAUCACAAUCUUACCCCACCGAUUUAUAGCCUAACGUCUUUAAAUAGACUUACUCCUACCGGACAUAGCUCUUAUAUGCCUGCGCAUUUACUGAGGCCUGUUCCUAAUACAUAUCCGCACCCACCUAAUCAAACGCAUCAAGCAACUCAAGCGCAGAACAGUAUUAACUAUCAACGAGAUACAAGGUUACCACAACACUCACCGCCUUCCGCGCUUCCUAGCAAUAACUAUAACAUAAAUCGCCAAGCUAAUCAGAACAUACAGAGCAAUACUUCGCCGUACCAAAGUGUACCCACCAAUUCGCCGGCUUACCAGAGCUAUCACACCCCACCGACAAGCUAUUCUAGCUCCGAGUAUUCUAGUCGAUACCCGGUGAACAGUACAAACCACUACGGUGCGGCUAUGUUAUAUCAGAGAGUCCCGCCACCUCACGGAGAAGCGCCUAUUGAUAAUUAUAACAGUAACUGUCAAAAAUCACCAAACAGUUCCUAUCAUGAUAACAAUUCAAACCAACCUCUUGCACAUGAUGUUAGACAUUAUGCCAAUUCACAGCAACAGCGAACCAUGUAUAAUCAACAUUUUAAUACGGAAAAUAUUACCAAUAAUGACAAUCAAUAUAUCCAACAACAACAACAAAAUAUUUACAACCUCUAUGAACAAACUCCACAAUUAAAACCAUUACAAAAGAAGUCUGUGUCAUUCGAGCCGGGGACGAAAGGCGGGACCGAUUCCCCUAUACCACCACAAAUGAAUGGGAAUAAUAAUUAUUAUAAUGGAGAGAUUCAGAAAAACACAGCAUUAGGUCAAAAAUCAUUGUGUAAUUUGUGUAGAAAAAAAAUUGUUAGUUCUCCAUCAUUAUAUUGUCCAGACUGCGAUUUUUAUAUGUCAAGGUUUAAGCCACGUUCAUAGCAUUUAGUUUAUCGUCGUCGGUGAAAGGCGACUUUUGCUAUGAAGUUACUACUUAUUAAGAACUAUCUAGAUAGAUCGAUAUUUAAUUCAAUUAUUAAUGUAAUGUAAAUUUUAUAAGUUUGUAAUGUAAUUAUAAAAAAUAGACAUGACUGAUCUCAUUCGAGAACUAGAUUUAGUUAUGUGAUUUACUUAUAGGCGAGACUUAAUAGUUAUUUUAUAAAGCAUAAGUAAUGUACAUAAACAAAACAUAAAAUGAAUCAUUUUUAUACAACUCAAUGAAAUAUAUAAAUAACAUUAUAA